CACCUUCCCUUUAAAGACACCCUCUUUCUUAGUUUGCUUUCUUUCAGUCAGUGAUGUCGCUUGUUUUGGUAGCGAACCUAUAGAGGCAGAAGUCGCUUCUUUUAGAUUUUCAGUCCUUUUAUUUAUUCGGUUUUGUUAUGUGUUGUUAAUUUAUAUGUGCGUGUGUCCCAUUUGUUUUUAUUUUUAAUAAAUAUUUUAUUUAAUGAAUUGUGUUCAUUUGUGUUCGAAUUUUUUAUCCAAGUAAUUUUGCUUUUUUAUGCUGCUUAUUAUUUGAAUGUGUAUUUGUUGAAAGAGUGCUAUAUUUGGCUAACACUAAGGACAUCCUUAACUUUCAUUAGAGACGACUUCAACUAACAUGGCAGUCAGACUGUGCGAUGUGGCCUCUCUGCUUAGAAGUGGUUCGUGGGCAGCUGAGCCGUGGACUGGGCAGGUUAUUGCUGCUAUGGAAACGCAGCUGUCCAAUGGGCAGACUUGUAACAACACGGCCAACGGUCCCACCACAGUGUCAAACAACUGCUCCUCCCCUGUAGAAUCGGGAAACUUGGACGACAGUAAAACUAACCUGAUAGUCAACUAUUUGCCUCAGAAUAUGACCCAGGAGGAGCUGAAAAGCCUGUUUGGCAGCAUUGGGGAAAUCGAAUCCUGUAAGUUAGUACGAGACAAAAUAACAGGACAAAGCCUGGGUUAUGGAUUUGUGAAUUACAUGGACCCGAAGGAUGCAGAAAAAGCCAUUAACACAUUAAAUGGCUUGAGACUUCAGACCAAGACGAUUAAGGUUUCGUACGCCCGUCCGAGUUCUGCAUCCAUCAGAGAUGCAAAUCUGUACGUCAGCGGGCUGCCAAAAACCAUGACUCAGAAAGAGCUAGAGCAGCUCUUCUCCCAGUAUGGACGCAUCAUUACCUCCCGCAUUCUGGUGGACCAAGUUACUGGUGUUUCCAGAGGCGUCGGAUUCAUCCGUUUCGACCGGAGGGCGGAAGCAGAGGAGGCCAUCAAGGGCCUGAAUGGCCAGAAGCCACCGGGGGCUACCGAACCCAUAACGGUGAAGUUCGCCAACAACCCCAGCCAGAAGACUAGCCAGGCCCUGCUCUCCCAGCUGUACCAGUCCCCCAGUCGGAGGUACCCCGGACCCCUGGCACAACAGGCUCAGCGAUUCCGGUUGGACAAUCUUCUGAACAUGGCUUAUGGAGUAAAAAGCAGGUUCUCUCCGAUGGCCAUUGAUGGGGUCACCAGCCUGGCCGGCAUCAAUAUCCCAGGCCACGCGGGGGCCGGCUGGUGCAUCUUUGUUUACAACCUGGCCCCGGACGCGGACGAGAGCAUCCUGUGGCAGAUGUUCGGGCCGUUCGGCGCGGUGACCAACGUGAAGGUCAUCCGCGACUUCAACACCAACAAGUGCAAGGGCUUCGGAUUCGUCUCCAUGACAAACUAUGACGAGGCAGCCAUGGCCAUCGCCAGCCUUAACGGAUACCGCCUCGGGGACAGAGUGCUGCAGGUCUCCUUUAAGACUAACAAAACGCACAAAGCUUGAUGUCUUUGCAAAAUGCUACGAGCGAUAAAGGGGGGAAUUUAUACAGUAAAAGUCUCUUUGUAUGUCAUUUAAGUUAAAGAAUCGAUGUUUAGUGUCCAGUGUGUUCGUUUUUUUUUUUUUUUGUUUUGUUUUUUUUUUGAGUUGAGCAAAUAGCAGGCUAUUUAUUUUUAACUUGUCAUGUUGCUUUGAAAUGUUUAAAGAAGGGACUUUCUUUUCUCUCGUCUUUUGUUUUUGGGUUCCCCCCCCCCACCUAAAAGUCCUUGUAAGACAUAUGCUGGCUUUUUUUUUUUUCCUCCUCUCCUUUGUCCGUUUGUCUUGGGUGCGUUUUGCCUCUGAGAAGUAGAGUGCUCAAUCAGUACCGUUUAGCGUUUCUUUCUUUAACAGCUAACUGCUUUGUUGAGUUAUUAGUUGGAUUAUCGGUUGGCCACAUGUUGUUGCUUAUUGUAUGACUACAGGAGACAUUUUUUCUUAAAGCAGUACCUUGCCAAAGAGCUAGGAACCUCUUUGAUGUGGGUUUAAAGAAGCAUCUAUUUUUAUAAAAAGAACAAUUUGGAGAAACUUUUUACCGGACCUGGAACAAAUAUUUUGACAUGGAUACUUUGAGAAAUAUCUUCAUAUAACACAUUGCAAGCUUUGGAACUUCACCAGGAACUUUACAGUGGUUGAAAUUUCUGGAGAGCGUUAUGAUCUAAAAGGUAUCUUUUGAUCUUUCUAUUGACAUUCUAAAACUUAUUGGAUGUUGGUUAAUUGGUGUCAGUUUAAUUUCUGUGGGUCAUCUUGGUUAUUACGUGGCAUGCAGCUCACACACGAAUCGAACACAAGGCCAGUCUCUCCAGAAGCUCAUAUUAUCAGCGGAGGGAAAAUUAAAAAAAAAAAAAGAGGGAGAGAGAGAGGCUCGAGGGGUUUAAAAA